AUGGAAAUUCUCACGCGCCCCAGUAAUGUGGGAAUUCUAGCGAUGGAAGUUCACUUUCCUGUGACAUUUGUGGACCAAAGCGAAAUGGAGGCCUAUGACGGUGUCGGCAGCGGCAAAUAUACACUGGGUCUUGGACAAGUGAGUAUGGCUGUGCCUGGUGACCGCGAAGAUGUGAAUGCACUGGCAUUAACUGUCGUCUCGAGACUUCUAAACAAAUAUCAAGUUGCUUCCGAGCAAAUUGGGCGCCUCGAAGUAGGCACAGAGACGCUAGUAGAUAAAAGCAAAUCCACCAAGACUGUUCUGAUGCAGUUGUUUGACAACAAUACUGACGUGGAUGGCGCUACGGUCAUCAAUGCGUGCUACGGUGGCACAGCAGCGUUAUUAAAUGCAGUAGCAUGGGUCGACAGCUCUUUGUGGGACGGACGAUACGCUCUGGUAGUCGCGACGGAUAUUGCAGUGUACGCUGAAGGCCCAGCACGUCCCAGUGGCGGGUGUGGGGCUGUGGCCAUGCUCAUUGGAGCUGAUGCACCAAUUAUAUUGGAUUGUCGCUCAAAAGUGACUCAUACGACGAACGUUUGGGACUUUUUUAAAUCCAAUGUUACAAGUGAGUACCCCACGGUGGAUGGUAAAUUGUCAAAUGAAUGUUAUUUACACGCGCUCGAUGAAUGUUAUCAGCUGUUUUGUAAGAAACAAGCUUUUCAGGGUAUCAACAGAGAACAGAUUGGUGUGUCGUCGUUCAAGUACGCGGUUUUCCACUCGCCAUACCAUAAACUGGUCCAAAAGUCAUUUGCUCGUCUAUUAUUUUUGGAUUCAAGACAUUUCUUAGCGAACGGAAAUGAAGCUGCUAAAUCCAAGUAUAUCUCCCUUACCAAGUGGUCAAAGGUACCUCUGUACGAUACUUUAAAUGAUCGGGAACUGGAUCUAGCUGUUCGAAAAUUGGCAGCAAUUGAGUUUCAAACCACAGUCUUGCCAAGUUGCACCACGUCUCAAAAGAUUGGAAACUGUUAUACAGCUGCGGUGUACAUGAAUCUUGCGACGUUAGUACACGCGCGUUUCACCGAUCUAGCACGUGGUGCUCGAAUCCUCAUGUUUUCGUAUGGCUCAGGUAGUAUCGCUUCGAUGUUUGUACUACACACUCGUGAGCCUAGUGACUCAAAGAGCAAGUUUACACUGGAGAAAAUGGCCCAGUCCCUCGAUCUAACGACACGUUUAGAACGCCGUAUUAAAUUAACGCCUGAGGAAUAUUCGGCUCGACUAAAAUUACGUCAGCAAUCAUACAGUGUAUCAAACGGUCUGCAACUCACACAGUCAAUUAGCUCCAUUCCACCUGGAGAAUUUUAUUUGGACCAUAUUGAUGCAAUGGGCCGCCGAUUCUACGCUCGGUCAGAGCCUCAAGAUCAUGUAGAUAUAGAUACUCAACACGAGCGUGUUGUAAAGAAUAUACAAGAGCUUGGUGGUGCAGUGUAUGUGGUCGGUACAAGUGUUGGGCUGCCAGGUCAGACGAAAGUAUUUGAAGGUGAAGAGUCAGUAAUGAAGCUUCUACGUGGUGAAAACUGCAUCUCGAAACUGACAAGCGUUGACAAGAAGAGAAUGAUAACUCAAAAGAUUGUGCAUGUCCAAAAGGAUAUGAUAACCGGAAAUAUAACACAAAUGCCAGUCUCAAGUGUCGAAGAAUGUAUUCAAGUGUCAGCUGUUGUGGCCCGAAUCGACCUUGAAAAAGAGUACGGAAUUGCUGCGACGAUAGCGCACUCGAUGGAUGAUACGACGCAGUUAGCUGUAGCUGCUGGUCUCGAAGCAGUUCGAAAUGCUGGUCUAGCUGAUGGAAUAAAUGGCAACUGGCGUUUGCCAGAACAUCUACUCGACUCGACGGGUGUAAUCUACGCCACAUCUUUUCCGACAAUGAAUGCUGCAGUGAUGGAAACCUCGCGGUACUUUCAAAAGAAGGAUGAUCCAGCCUAUGAAAUGGACCGCAAGAUUCUCUUUCGACUCCUUGUAUUAGCCAAUGCACAAGUUGCUCAAUUAACUGGAGCUCGUGGACCUAAUACCCAAAUCAAUGCUGCAUGUGCUGGAGCGACACAAGCCAUUGGCAUGGCUCAGGAUUGGAUUAGUGCAGGGAAGUGUGAGCGUGUUAUUGUCCUAUCGAGCGAUACUGCUAGCUCAGAGGCGAUGAUGCCGUUAAUCGGAGGAGGUUUUCGCGCACUUGGUGCGGCAUCUAUCGCUCCGACAGCAGAAACAGCAGGACGUCCAUUUGACGUUCAACGCAAGGGGAUGAUUGUUGGAAGUGGCGCAGUUGGUAUAAUUCUGGAAUCUCCACGAGCUUUUGCUGAACGACCAAUGAUCAGAAAAAAGACAGUGCGAUUGCUUGCUACCCAAUACAGUAACUCUGCAUGUCAUGGUGCUGCUUUAGAGCCACAUCAUGUGGGUCAAGAGCUCGUAAGAUUUUUAAGCAGUAUCGAAAAUCGUUUCGGGAUCACGCGCAGCGAUAUUGCUCGGAAUGGAGUCUACUACAGCCAUGAAACGGGAACAAAUGCAUCUCCAACAGCGUCAUGUGCGUACGCAGAAGUUACGGCCUUGCGUACAGCUUUUGGCCCCGAGUUACUGUCAAAGCUCUUGAUUACUAACACAAAGGGAUUUACAGGACAUCCUAUGGCUGUAUCCUUUGAGGACGUCGCAGCGAUUGAGGGACUUCGGCUCAAGCAGGUACCGCCUGUAGUACACUUUGAAACCCACGAUCCCAAUCUGGGCGAAGACACUCAUCUUCGUCUUGCUUCAGGAGGUGCAUACGUCCACAAAUACGCGCUACGCUUUGCAGCAGGCUUCGGCUCUCAGCUAGCGUUCUCCCUCUAUACCACGUAG